GUGGAGGAAAAGGUGCCAGACAUGUAGGCAGCACAUAGUUAUGGCAGCCAGGUGGCUCUAAUCAUGGCUGGUGGAUACCAGUUAUGGGCACCCUGGUCCCCACUGGAUGAAUCCCUGCAGUGGCUUCGGGGCACCAUGCCUAAGACCAAUCAUGCCAAGCAUCUUCUCAGGAGAGGGCAGAGCCCAACCGCUGCUGAUCUGGAAGUGCAACUUUGCUUUCAGGGACUCAGCCUGGUGUUCGAGCCUGGUGCUAAAACAGGAGCAGGGCAGCCCCAACCCCCUGGAGCAGCUGGAGAGACACGGGGGCAUGCCGGGGCUGUGCGCAGACCUCAGGCUGUUCACCUCACUGGGCUUGACUCCGUCUUUGGGCGCCUGGUGACAGCACAGCCUCCCCGCUGGACUGGCUCAUUGAGGGUUUCGGAAUGCUCAGCUUUCUGUCAAGUUGUCAGCCCCCAACAGCGUUGGCCUCAUGGGCUCCGGGAGCCACAAGUGUGCGUGGCCAUGGCCAUGUGCCGGCAGAUGCUCCGUGCAGUUCUCUUGCUUUAUGCUGCCUACAAGAAGUGUGCAUUCGCCUUGCAGCAUUCCUGCUGAGGGCCCGUCUGGCUGGCUGGAAAGGGGCAAGGCAAAGCAGGUUCCUUGGCCAGCCACACUAUUAACUCCGUGGCUAAGACCUCAGUGAUUCCAACACUUCUGAUCAGCCACUCACCACUUCCCUAUGUUUGCACUGACAUAGAAUGGAAACACACUUUCUAGUAUCUCUGACAAUUCAGAUAUCGUUUGCAUCAAAAUGAAAGCCAUAGUUUGUGAAGCUCUUUUGAUAGGUAUUGUGAAGCUAUUUCCUCAUUGUAUGUGGCUUCUACAGGGAGGAACAGAUGAGAUGGACAGUACCAUGGUGAUGGAAAAGACAUUUAUACACCAAUGGAGAAUGGCCAUUUUCUGAAAGCUGUAAACCCAUCAUUUUUAACAUGAACAAUGAAGUAACUGAAUUGCAGAAUGGGACCGAUAUGAAGAGCAAGAACAUUUUUUAAUUAAAAGAGGAAUGUCUAUAAAGCAAAUCGACUUCUUGAUCUAAGAAAAUUGUUCAUUUACUAAAUGCAUGAAGCUGAGAAGGGAAUAUACCUUAAACCAAAAAUUCAUUAUCCAGUGGUGCAUAUUGAAUUAGAGAAAGCAUAGCCAUUUGUAAAGAUGGAGGAGUUUUGAUAGCAUUCCAAAUUAAAAAGUAUUUCUAAUUAUUUAAU